AUUAUUAUUUGAUGGAGAUAUUAUUGGCAAUGUAUCAAGGACAUUCUAAUAUAACGAUAUGAAUAUUUUUAAUUGGCUUAAAAGAGAGGAAACUGCUCGAAAACAUUCAGCAGAUGUCGUAAAAUUCCGGAAGUAGAUCUGGCGUCAUUCUCCCAGCAACAAGAAGAGGAUCAGCAGGCACGAGAAGUGCCUCAUUCAAACAAGGAUUAACGCUUAAUAAUCGAUAAAAUGGCAGCUGGUGAUGGAAGGAUAACCAAACAGAUGUUAAAAUGCAGAACAGGAGAGUUUGAUUUAGAAAGUAUACAUACUUUGGAUCUCAAAGAAAUGGACAUAGGUGAUCUAGGGUGUCUCGGAGAAUGUACAGGCCUUGAACGUCUUGAUCUGUCACGGAAUGAUGUCACACGCUUGUAUGCACUUGCGAGUCUCACAAAUCUUAUUACUCUCAAUCUGUCAGCCAAUAGGAUAUGUUCACUUGAAGGCCUCCAGGCUUUAGAUAAUCUAGAAUCUCUGAACUUGGCUGGAAACCUCCUUGGAAGCGUUGGUGACCUAAGGUGCUUGUCUUCAUUAGAGAAGUUAACAGAUCUUAGACUCAGAGACACCAUACAUGAUAUAGCAAACCCCAUGUGUAUGAGUCUUACAUAUAAAAAAGAUGUCCCUACAAUCCUGCCUACCUUGCAAGUUUUAGACGGGGAAAGACUGUCUGGGAAGGGAAGUGAAUUAUUCAAACUCUGCAAUGAGAUAGACCAGACUUUGGAAGAUGGAAAACCAAGAGAUGGUCCUGUUAAGGAAUACCCAAAAGCACAACCAUGGGUACCCAAGGACUACUGGACCAAGAAAUCUAAGAAAAUGGAUGGUUUUGAAAACUCAAGUAUUCAUGAUGCUGAGGAACAAUUGAAAGAGUUAUUAGGCAGUUGUAGAGUGCUCAGUGAACAAGCGGAGGAAUCUGUGUAUUCAUCCCUUAUGAGGAACACAACAAGUUUGGAAAAUACCUGAAACAAAUGGAAAACUUUGGAAAUAAUCAGUUACAGUGACCUGGAAGAAUGGUCAGGUCUCAUAGUAUUGGAGC